CGGCCGCCGGGCCGGGCGAUGGCGCUGCGCCUGGUGCCCGACUUCGACCCAGCCGAGGACGCGCUCCCGGCGCUGCGGGCCGCGAGAGGCUGCGGCGCAGAUGUUUUAGAAAUCAAUUAUGAGAGCUUGCAUGUACUAAAUGUGGAAAGAAAUGGAAAUAUUAUUUAUACUUAUAAGGAUGGAAAGGGAAAUGUGGUCUUUGGAUUAUUUGACUGCCAAACCAGACAAAAUGAGUACUUAUAUACCUUUGAGAAAGACCUGCAAGCUGUCAGUUGCUCUGUCAACAGUGAGAGAACUUUGCUUGCUACAAGCUUAGUUCAAUCUUCUAAAGAAGGAAAAAGGAAUGAGCUUCAACCAGGAUCAAAGUGCUUAACUUUGCUGGUGGAAAUCUUCCCUGUUAACUAUGUGAAGGUUCUAAAAGCCGUGGACAGCUGUAUCUGGGUUCAGUUCCUGUACCCACGUGUAACAAGUCAUCCUCUUCCACAAAGCCACCUGUUACUGGUUUCAGAAGAGAAAUAUAUUGAGCAAUAUCGUAUCCAUGUCACCCAAGAAGACGAGAAUAAAGUGGUAAUUAAAGAUUCUUGCCGUCUCCCAAGAGACAGAAUAGUUGAGGAUUUUGUUUGGGCUCAGUGGGAUACGCCCGAACAGAGACUAUACUACAUCAAUGUAAAGAGAUCAAGGCCUGUCCUAAAAUGCAUCCAGUUUAAUGCAGAUGAGAGCUUUACCUUAAUGUUUGAAACACCCUUGGACAUACCAUUAAGUGGCUCUGAAUUUAAGCUUGUCAACUUUGGGUGUGGGUAUCAUGAAGAGCAAGAGAAAUGGUCCAAACACCUGACUCUGUAUGUUUUUACCAACCACACAGGAAGCUUGUGUGCGUGUUACAGCCAGAAGUCUGAGUCUUGGGAACAAGUCACAUAUUCAGUGUUUUAUUUUCAUGAAGGGUACAGAAAGACCUUCACCACUGCUCCUGGGAGUGGUGGCUCACACGUGACCAAGGACAUCACUUUCCUCAACCUCGAGUGGGGAGGAGCUCUUUAUUUACUGUUCUGCUUUUUAAAAUUUUGGCCAGGAAACAACCAAAUGACUGAAGUGCUCCCUCAGUGUCCUCUGCGGUCUCUGUCGGCAUCCCUGGUACUGGACAGCGCCUCUGGGAAGCUCUACAGAGCGGUCCUUGACCCAUCUGGCUUGCUGCAGUUCCUGCGGGCCGCCCGGCUGGACUGCGAGAGGAUGGCCGUGUUGCACUGCCUGCUGGCCUGUGGCCGGCCCCUGCAGCCUCUGGAGACCCAGAUUAUCCAGUGGAUUUCUGAGAAUGUCUCCACCUGCCAUUCCUUUGACCUUGUUCAGGAAUUUAUCAUUGCUUCUUCAUAUUGGAGCGUGUAUCCGGAGAAAAGUAACGUGGACACCCUUGUGCAGUAUUCUUCGGUGUGUGCUUGGGAUAGAGAAAUUCCUGGAAUAGCCCUGGUGACAGAGGAGAUCCCUUUGCUUCUGAUGAAGGUAAAUCACUUACAUGGCCACGACAGGGACUGCAGGCUGCUGGUGGGCGUGGCCAAGGCAGGACGGCUCUGCAGAACCCUCUUGGGCUGGAGUGGUCACUGGAGCGGGCGCAGACUGCUGGACUCUCCUGGAGUAGGCGACCCAUCUCCUCUGACCGCCCUGUCCCUGAGGAGCCCACAGGGGAUCCCACUGCACGACACUGCCCGCCUGCUCUUUGGCACUGACUUUAGUGAAACAGGAAAAAGAAGGUCCACGGCGUAUGUGAGGAACAUUCUCAAUAGCGCAAUCAAGGUGAUUUCUAACAUGGAAGCCAGGCAUCCGGAGCCCAGGUUGAGUCCCCUCCUGCAGGAGGAAGACGCCCCCCAGAGGCUGCUGACUGGGCUGAUGGUGUCUGAGCUAAAAGACCAUCUCCUGAGACACCUGCAAGGUGUAGAGAAAAAGAAAAUUGAGCAGAUGGUUGUGGACUACACCUCCAAACUGCUGGACCUCAUUUGCUGCAUAGUGGAAACCAGUUGGAGGAUACACAAUCUUGAGUCUUGGCCUCUCCAGCUCAACGGGCGUGGCAGUGCUGCUGAGUUUGCAGUCUUUCACAUCAUGACGAGGAUUCUGGAAGCUACUAGAAGUGUGUUCCUGCCUCUGCCUCCCGGCUUCCACACCCUGCACACCACCCUUGGCGUCCACUGCCUCCCUCUGCACAGCCUGCUGAAUUAUAUCGAUAACGGCAUACUGCUUCUCACUGGAACGGUGGUUGAAAGGCUCCUCAAAGAUCUGGACAACACAGAGAAAAACGAAAAACUAAAAUUCAGCAUCAUCGUACGGCUUCCUCCGCUCAUUGGGCAGAAGAUCUACCGGUUCUGGGAUCACCCUGUGAGCGCCAACAUCAUCUCCCGGAACCACGUGUCGCGGCUGCUUCCCAACUAUCAGAAAAAGCCGUGGAAUUCUACGAUCAACAAGUCAUCCUCCAGUGUAGACUUUCUGCCUCUGAACUACCUGAUUGAAAUUCUGACCAAUCUGGAGUCCUCCAAUCAAGCUCUCCGUGAUUUCGAAGGACACGACAAUGUGGAUGCAGAAUUUGUAGAAGAAGCAGCUCUAAAACACACCACCAUGCUCCUAGGCUUAUAGAAGAGAAAAUGCAAUUGGAUUUUUUUUUUUUUCAACAUUUUAACCUUAUUCGUUAACCUGACUCGGGUUGGGAAUUCUUUAGCAAUACCUAAAGGUGGACAAGACAGAAUUUAUUGUUGAAUCAUCUGAGUUUUCCUUUUGUACAUGUUCGGGCAGCGCUAAACUGCUGUGCCUCGUUCCAGUUUUGAGUAGCUGAUAAGCAGUCAAGUAUAGCGAAAUGACAGGCUGGCAAGACAGGAAACAGCAUAAACAGUGCUCUCUGUGCUGGCUUCGUAAGCCAAUGCUAGCUUCUGCUACACUCAGAAAUAAAAUCUGCUUUAAGAAUGUUACAGAAGAGUGAGGGCCUAGAACAGCAAAAACUAGCUAUGUCAGUGAAAAUAGCUUAAGCAGAAAAAUUCAGCGUUGCAUGAAGAACAUGCCUUGGAAGGAGAAUACAUUUAAAACUCUGGACUAAAUCAAAUCUGCUAUCUCUGAUACAGAAUAAUUUGUAACAUAUAGUGAUUUGUACAUAUAAGUAUUUAGAAGAAGGUUUGUUUUUGUGAUGGUUCAGAUGGAACUGUAUUUAAUUUUUCUAUAUUUAUAAGUUUGGUUAAAUUGUGUCAUUAGUCAGUUGUUGGCCGGACUCUGCCUGCUGUAUGAACAGCCUUCGGACUUGAGCUAGAAUCCUGAGCCCAGAAGCCCGCUCCUCCGAGGGCCCGACUGGCACCUCACUGUACCUUGAUGGAGCCGGAUCAGCAGCGCACUG